AUGGAAGAGGAAGUUCGGGAAUCUUCUGUGCCGAGCACUUCUGAACCGGAAAAAGGACCUCGAAAGGGUGUUGAGCUGGUAUUAGAGUCUAAUGACGACUGGAAAAUACAAGAAAUCGGUUACGACGGUGUCGAGAGAUACAUGAAACCCGAAACUUUCACUGAUAAUGUCGGAAAGUUGGCAAGAAAAGUUGAAUGGAUGAAGUUGGUCAAUCCGACGAAUCCAUACGAAAAUGCAAAAGUUGAUCCACAGGAAAAGUUAGACGAUGAGAACGUGGCAAAAGGGGGCGGAAAUGUUGAGUUGGUGACACCAGAGGCAGGACCGUGGAGCUCUGUUGCCAAGUAUUUACAUGAGUCACUGAACCAGUUGAAUAUUCUACUCGACGACAUGUCUGUAAUGAAAACGACGGAUUACAUGAAAGCGUUGACUGUUCUCGAUCCGCUAACAAUUCACGAACCAACGCCUGAAAGUAUUAACACGAAUCGGGGAACACAAUGGAUAUGGAAGCGUCGGGCACUUCAGGAAGCCGUUCAAGUGUUAGAUACAGCUCAGAAGCAGCGUCAAAGAGCUCACGCUAACUUGGGAUUGUCGGCAGAGUAUAUUGCGCAUUUACAAAGAACCAAAUUCUUCGAAGAGCUCAAAGAGAUGCGUGAAAUUUGGCGAGUGCGAAAGACCGGCGACUUUGUCUACGGCGAUCUCUCCUAUCACAUUUUCGGCUGGAAAUACGACACACCCAACCUUUUCGACAUCUCUCGACGAGCGUUAUCCAACAAAUUUGAAGAUCAGAACUUGUCGAUUAUCGAGGUUUCUGUGCCGAAAGAUCUCGCGAGAAGAAGCAUGUUAACAGUGUCAAUUGUCAAGGAUAAUAUAGAAUCGGGGGAGCUGUUCCGUGAUCCGAAAGACACGAAAUACAUGUAUUCUUAUAAGGAAGUGGAUGCGGAGAAGGUGAAAGGACUUCACUGGAAGGAUUCUUUGAAGUGGGCACAGAAUUCGUUAUUGCUGAGGGACUCGUUCGCCAAGCUCUGCGAUGAAGCUAUAAAACUGCGAAAUCGUCUGUCUAUAAUCCGUGACAACGUCCUUCUCAUCCGCCUCUUCGACGACUGGCUCCUCCGUUUCGAGCUCCAAUGGUUCCCAUUCCAAGCUGGAGAAAUCAAAGAGGAAGGCGACAUCUAUCUGAAUCGAGUGCUCCGCGAGAUGCUCAUCGGCUUCGAGUGCACCAAAUUCGUGCGUCCUCAAUUCUUCUGCUCCAUGCCUGUAACUCAUCUACCGGAGGCGUUAGAUUUAAGAGGGUGUGGUGGCUAUGACACAAAACUAAUCGAGGAUCGUGCAGUGAGACCUCGAUCAAUUCUGGAGAGAAUGCUUGAUGUGGCUUCCCACCGCGCGCUUUGUAAUAUGGUCACUGAUGUCGCUGAAAGACUGUGCACUCCGAAUCUGGAUCCAACUGUACAUUAUAGAUGGUUGCAUUGUGGACGGGUGAAGUCGAGAAUGCAGUUUAAUUUGACGUCGAAAGACUACGAACAGUAUAUGGGAACCGUUCGCUACGUGUUCUUUGCGAGCAUUUCGAUGGAUGGUGUCGACAUCGAAACGAAAGAAGGCCAAAAAAUGAAGUGUGAUCGAGACGCGGCUCGUGUCUUGUACGCUUGCCAGUUCGUCGUUAGUUGUUACUCCGUCACAAUGGUCUCUGUGAUUUCUCGCAAUGGCUGGCUCACACCGUUCCAAAUACUGUAUUCUAAUAUCUACGCGCUUGAUGAGAAAGGUGACCCGGCGCCGAACAUUGUUCUGUGCAAUCAAGGUGCGACUCGAUCGAUUCUAUUCGUUUUCCGCGUCGGAUCCGAUCCGGAGAUUAUGGUUCGACGAUUCGUGGUGAAUGAUAGAAAGUAUAAGGUUGAGGAGCAUGCGUGGAGAAAGUUGUGCUAUCGGAGAUUGUAUGGAACGACUUUGUGCAAAAAAAUCGACGGAUUACUCUCAUUCUUGAAGGAUACCUAA